AUGAAGUUUAACUCUGGUUUUGGCUAUGACAACAACGCUAAAAAGUUCACGGCCCCGAAUGAAGUUUGGGAUGCAUACUGUCAGGCUCACCCAAAAGAUGCAUACUUGCGCCAUGGGAAUUAUCCGGAUUAUGAAGACUUGGAAAUUGCUAUUGGGAACGGUGUGGCGGUAGGGAAAAACUCAAUUGGAUUGGGUAGUGCUACUGAUGCUAGGACACUAGGAGCUGAUGAAAAUAGAGUUCCGCACAUAGAGGAGUUGCAUUAUGAUACUGAAACUGAGGCGUUUGUAGGACUUACUCAAGACGAUCCGCCAUCAUUCGGUUCCAAAUCACCUUUGGUAUUUUCUGAAGUGUCUGUGGAAUCCACUCAGAGAAGAGCUCCCGCCAAAAGAAGUAGAGGCCAAUUUGAGAUAAAUGCUGGUCACACUGAAAAUAGUUCGCAUCAGGAAUUCAUGGCAGAAAUCAAGCCUCUUGAUAAAAUUGAAAAUGAAAUUGAAGAUGAAAUGGAAGAUGAACUUGAUGAUGAAAUUGACACAAAAAUGGAGCUUGAAUUUUGUGAUCAGGUUAGGCUUUUGAUGGAGGCAACUAAGAUCAUUAGAGAGAAAACUCAUGUUCAAGAUACACGAUACACAACUGUUGAAGAAAUGGUGGCAACAUUCUUGAUCAUUGUUGGACACAACGAUCGUUAUUGUAAUGUUCGUCAAAGGUUUGAUCGUUCACAUUUUGCUACUAGUCGGAACUUCAAUAAAAUCUUGAGAGCAUUGAACACCAUAGCACCGGACAUGAUGGUUAAGCCGACUACAACAAUACCCGCUAAAAUUCGGGAAAGUACAAGAUUUAAUCCUUUCUUUAAGGAUUGUAUCGGAGCUAUAGAUGGAACUCAUAUCCCGGCCAUGGUCACAGGCAGAGACGUAAGCAGUUAUCGUAACCGUCAUGGGGUGCAAUCGCAAAAUAUUUUGGCAGCUUGCAACUUUGAUUUGCAGUUCAUCUAUGUGCUUAAUGGAUGGGAAGGCUCGGCCCAUGAUUCAAAACUUUUAACUGACACAUUAUCCAGACCUAAUGGACUUCAUGUGCCUCAAGGUAAAUAUUUCCUAGUGGAUUGUGGAUUUGCUAAUCGCUGUCAGUUUUUGGCUCCGAUGCGUGGUGUUCGAUAUCAUCUCAAAGAUUUCGGUGGUCAAGGUCGUCACCCCAGAAAUGCAGAUGAGUUGUUCAAUCUUCGACAUGCAUCAUUGCGAAACAUGAUUGAACGAAUUUCUGGAAUCUUCAAAUCACGAUUCACAAUUUUCAAAGCGGCUCCUCCAUUUUCAUUUCAAACACAAGCAGAGUUGGUAUUGGCUUGUGCUGGAUUACAUAACUUUCUUCGAAAGGAGUGUCGUUCUGAUGAAUUUCCAAUUGAAGAUGAAGAAGAGAAUGCUGCACCCGAUGUUGAGAACGAUGCAGACAAUUUGGAAUAUCUUUCUCAAAGCCAGCUGUCUCAGAGGAAUGAAGCUAAUGCAUGGAGAGCAAGUAUUGCUAAUGCUAUGUGGGAAAAAAGGUCAACGUAUGGAAACGAUGGAAACGAAUAUGAUGAGACUGAAGAUAAUGUCUAG